AGAGAAUAAAACCAAAAGCCUCGCAGGAGCAUCUAUUGGGCCAUGUGUUAGCUCAAAAAGGCACGAGCCCUUCGAUGGGCAUCUGGGCCACGUGGCACUCAUAGCCAUAGAUCUAGGAUCCCAAGAACUCCCUUAAUUACAUUCAGCCCCUCUAACUUCAAAUUUUCAUGCUAAAAACCCCCACGGCCACAGUCUCCAUUAAUUAUGAAAAAACCCUCAAAAUAUAAAUGUUAUGCUGAAACUCCCUCUCCUACAUUGAGAGCAAUUUUUCAUUUUUCCAGUUGGUUUUUCGAAUUGAUUUCACGAAAAAGACCACAACUUCUUCAUACAACUCAACUGUGGUGAUUUAAAAUGAACAGUUACAAUUGGAUUCCACAUCCUCUGCAAAUGCUACAACGUUGCAGUGAAUAUUCAAUUGUUGGGCACAUCCGAAUGCACAACCCAAGGGACUCCCAGCCAAUGGAUACUCACUGCAACUUGCAACAGAUGUAGAGGAUGUGGAGGCGUUACAAUGAUUUCAGCAGAUCCUUCUGUGAAGCUAUGACGUUAUUGAUGUUCACGCUUUUAGCUUUGUUAUCAUCUUCUUCAAUCAUUUUAAGUUACAAUGGAGUUUAUGGAGGAAGAACGACCCUCAUGACCAUGGAAAAAGAAGAAGAUCUUGAGUUGGAGAGACAACUCAAACAUUUGAACAAGCCUGCAAUCAAGAGUAUCAAGAUGGAACAUGGCGAAAUCUAUGAUUGUGUUGAUUUCUACAAACAACCAGCCUUCGACAAUCCACUACUCAAGAACCACAUACCUGAGAUGAGUUCUUCGGUUCCAAGAGAAACUCUUGAAGAAGCUUCUCCAGGAUUAGAUCCCAUUGAUUAUCUCCGACUUGAUGGUGGAGGUUGCCCAUCAGGAACAGUUCCCAUUAGGAGGACGACAAAAGAAGAUUUAAUUAGGUGGAAAUCCUAUUCAAAUACCUCCAAAAAUUUUCUUCACUUCUUAGAUGAGGGCCCUAGAAAACAUUUUGCAGGGUAUCAACUAAAAGAUGAAGGCUUGAAGUACCAUGGUGGUUCAAUGGGCAUGAAUAUUGUCAGUCCCUCAGUCAACUCCGAUAAUCAGUACAGUGCAGGUGUGAUGUAUGCUCAAGGUGGACUAAACCACGUUCAAGUUGAAUGGCAUGUGAAUCCCAAGUUAUAUGGUGACAGAAAACCCCAUUUUUUUGGUCAUUGGACUGUAGAUGGGUCUCAAAAGACUGGGUGCUUCAAUGCCUUGUGCAGUGGUUUUGUCCAAGUUAACCAUGAUUUACCCAUUGGUAUGGCUUUUCCCAAAAUUUCUACCUACGGUGGUGAAACAGUUGACUUGCCAGUCUUUCUUUUCCAGGAAAAGAACAGUAAAAAUUGGUGGGUAGCAGCUGGAUAUAAUAAUACUAAUAUUGGGUAUUGGCCAAGAGAAUUAUUCAAUAGUAUAACAGAAUCCGCUCCUAUAGUUGGUUGGAGAGGGGAAGUUUAUGCUCCUCCAGGUGAACAAAGUCCAGAAAUGGGGAAUGGACAUUACCCACGUCGUCCUUUUUUUGGUAGAGGUUAUCCAAACCCUAGAAAAACAGCGUAUUUCAGAACAGUCCGAGUUUACGGAGAAGAUAACAUUGGUCGAGGUCCCAAUGAUGAUAGUCUUCAAGAUCUCACAGAUGUUAAAUUGAACAGUUGAUGAAUAGUCAUCGUGUCUUCCAAAGACAAAUCAUUGACUGGCUAAUAACAAGACAAUUAGUAAAGUACCUCUAUCGAUUGGUCAAUAACCAAGAAGAUUAAAAAGAAUUCGGAACUUGACUUCUAUGCUCAUCAAAUGUGGAUAGGGCGCUAGGGUAGAAAUUCUAAUGUCAUAAUUUUGUAACCCGUUCUAAUCUUCUUUUCCUUCGGUCACAUUGGAGAGAUAAAAAACUCCCAAAGUGCCUCAUGCUCGAUGUCCAUGGAGACCAUUUGCUUUUCAAAUCCAACCUCAGAUUGGAUAUCGGAACCAGUUUUUGUUAUGUGUGAAAACAACAGUACCACUGCUAAAACGUUUUUUAAAGUGUGUGUGCCUGACACCGACAAGUGUGAAUAAAUGAUGUUGCCCUCCCCCAGAUGUCUCUGUGUGCUGCUUCUUAAUGUUCUAUGCAUUGAUGCAGUGGCCGAGUAAGCGAACAUGAUUCUCUCAUUCUAAAAAAAAAAAAUAUAGACCAUUUUAUAUACUUUCCAAAUGGGCUGGUAACGGAGACCUGACCUUAUAUUAUCGAUCCAAUCCGAUUUUUAAAACCAUGCUCCACAUAAAGAUGCGAGCAUUGUAUCAUAUGAGGCACCACUGUCUACUCCGGCUCCAAAGUCCCUUUUCCCUCUCCUUCUAUCCCUUCUCUACCCUGUCACUUUCUCGCAACCCCCACCCCCACCCUGUAAAUACCCCUCUAUGAAACUCCAAUACAACAAAUUUCUAUUGGCUUUGAGGAGCUGCAACCGACGACAUCUCACCAGGAAAAGUGGUUAAGUUGCUCCUUCCCCCGCUUCUAGUCUUAAUCGGGAGGAACCCCUUGGGAUUGAUUUGGGAUCCAGGUGUUUUAGAGAGAGCUUCAGUCAUGGGACCUACUCUCUAGGGUUAUGUCUUUCCUAUUUAUACCUAGGAUCAGCUUUGCUGUAUCUUCCCUUCCCCUUUUGUCUUUUGUUGUAAAUAGUCUGAAAUGAACGAAUAACCCCUUAAGUAGGGGAUGGGGGACGACUUGUAGUUUGGGUUCUAGACGGACUUGAUAAUGCUUAUAGUUUACAAAAGAUGCUUACAACCGAAUCUGAUCACAACCUCAUGGGCUAUGUGCUUUGUCGGAUUCAUUAUUGGGUAAUGGCCCAACAAUAGCUACCAGUUCAGUGAAGCGAAGUCUGAAGUCUGUUGUCUUCAGCAUUGGAUGCUAUCGUAGUGGGUAGCUUGAGAAGUUUGGGUGAACAAUGGAGACUUCCUGCUGGAUUCGAGUAAUUGCCUUUCUAAUACUGAAAUUGUUUACUAUUUUUGAGAAAAAAAAAUAUGGAAAUAAGUAUCACAAUUUAGAAUUUUAAGUGUGUUGUAGGUAUGUUUCAAAGGAAUACUAUAUUGGUAAUUGGGGAGGUAAGGUGCAAAGAUGCAGUUAUACCAGCUGACCCUUAUCAGUUGGUUAUUCAUGAAAUCUACAUGCACAUUCUUAAUGCUUUUACAACUCUUAUCAAAGUGGAUGAAACUAGUGUUUUCCUAAGAGAAAUGAUCAAGUAUGGAUUGCGAGUUUCAACUACUGGUAUUGGAAACACGUUGUGGACUUUUGGCAACAAAUUAAAAUGUGGAAGCCCAUCUUACACUUUAUGAACUGAUGAGGAUACUUCUAAGUUUAAAAUCCAAAUUAAUAAACUCAAAUCCAUAAAAUAAUUCUACCAUUCGACUUGUUAUUGACACAUUGAUGUGCCUUUUGAUCAUCUUCUGGGAUCUAUGAUAGGAUGAAGUUUUUCGUUAUUAUAUUGUGUUUAAGUUGCGAACAUUUUUGAUAUAUGUAUAUAUGUGUGUGUGGCCCAAUACCAUGCUUGAUAUAUUCUUGAAUUGGUCCAGUUUAGAACUAGCUAUCUACUUGUGAACAUGAUCUUUUAAGAAAAAAAUAAUAAUAAAUAAAAAAAUUCCAAUGUUAAGCUUAUAAUAAAUACUUAUUUGCUAUAUCUAAUUGGUGACUAACCUUUUGAUUCUUUGCUGCAUUUCUUAAUUGUAUUUGUUUGGGAUUCAUCAAUAGGAGAAGAACAGUGGAAAUUGGUGGCUAGCAAUUGGAUAUAAUAGUACUAAUGUUGGGUAUUGGUCAAGAGAAUUAUUCAAUAGUCUAACAGAAUAUGCUUCUGUAGUUGGUUGGAGAGGGGAGGUUUAUGCUCCUCAAAGUGAACGAAGUCCAGAAAUGGGGACUGUACGUUACCAAAAACGUCCUUUUUGGAAUAUAGGUUAUCCAAACCCCAAAAAAAAGUUGCGUAUUUCAGAGCAGCCCGAGUUUACGGGGAAGAUAACAUUGGCUGAGGCUAAGGGUGCCAAUUGGGAACCGAAACCGAAUAUCAAAACCGAUAUUGAGUCGAAUUGAAUCGAAUUAAUUUGGUUCAAAUUCAGUUUGAGUAUGUGAGUAUGUUCAUUGAUUCGGUUUGGUUUCGAUUUUAGGUGUAAGAACCGUCGGUUUGAAUCGAAACCGAACUGAAUUGUCUUAAAACCUUAAAAAAAAAAA